UUCUGCGACGCGGCAGCUUUCUUCAUUGAUUGUCGACAGCACAACGAAAACAGCUAGCUGAAUAGCUAGCUAAAUUUACAUUUUUCUAAAUUAACUGUUGAAAUGGCGUUCAUGGAGGACGAAUCGUCGGGGAGUGGGAGGGUAGGUCGAACAAGAAUGGAAAGCUAUUUUUUCAGUUGUGAGUUGUCCUCCCAAGUCCCGUUCUACACGUUUCAAGGAGACGAAGAUGAAAAUGUAGAACAUUAUUUGGAUAUCCGGACGGUCUGUCUGGGAACUGGAGCAAAAGAAGAGAGCAACGUAGUGGAGGUGACAGCCCUGAAUCACCGGGGGAAGAAAGUCUCUGUGCCGGUGGCCAACCUUCACGUUUCCUGCCUGCCCAUGGUGAGCAUGGGGGAGUUUGAGGUGAAGGCCCCUGUGACUUUCAGGCUCAAGUCUGGAACGGGACCCGUCUGUGUGAGCGGGCUUCAUCUCAUUGCCUUUGAGGAUGAUUCAGACUCUGAGGUAUCAGAGGAUUUGGAAGAGAUUGAUGAUGACAUCAUCCCCAUCAAGCCAGCAAAGAAGCAGAAGCUCUGACUGAUGUCUCCAAGCUCAAGCCACGCCAUGGAAUGCUGAAGGUCUUCAGUGAAGGAAAAAUUGAAGUGAUGGUUGUUUUUCUAGUUGAAGCCAAGCACCUCUGAUCAAGUGGUUUACAUUUUUAAAAACAUUUUCCUGUACAUUUUAACACAUUUUACAAUUUGGAGUGCAAAGUCCAUUUUCAGCUGCAGUUAAAGAGAAAAAAUGAAAUCUUUAUAGGCUGAGCAGAUAGCACACAAGAUGGUCACUGUUCUGCUCUUUAGUAGCAAUGUAAAGGACAGUCCAUUUUGUUGCUACUGUGCAACUUCAGCUGUGUGUGUAUGUACAUAUAUGUUUUGCAUGCCUUUGUUUUUAUUUUUUUUACUGUAACAGCAUAGUCAAAGGAGAGCAUGUUCAUUGUUGAGCUCCUUUGUGGUUUCAGAUAAGGGUACAGCACAGAUGUAAGGGAUUGGUGGGUGGGGGGUAGGUUUGGGUCUUUGAUAUUGGGUGAUGGGUAGCAGGAGGCCAAUCUUGUACAUUUAUAUACAUUAUGUGAAUAAAAUUUGGUGCUGUUUUCAAA